AUGUUCUUGACACAUUUUCUCGUCCCAAGCCACGUGGCUCUGUGGGCGGUGCUUUCCUGCCUCUUGCUGUUCGCUACCGGCUAUGUCCUCCACGCCUUAUGGUUCUCUCCUUACUCCCACAUCCCCGGGCCGCGAUUCUGCAAGAUAUCUCGCCUUCCGCUCGCCCUGAUUGACCUGAACUUGCAAAGGAGUGCCAAGGUUCAUGAAUGGCAUCAGAAAUAUGGUCCUGUCGUCUUGAUCGCCCCGGGCGAGGUGUCGUUCUGCACCCCAUCGUCGACCAGGGAGAUCUAUGGUACGGCCGGGCGCCAUCCCAAAAGCCACUACUUCGACCAUUUCAUAUCCUACGGGGAGCGGGCUACCUUCAACACUCUCGAUUACGAGGAGCAUCGACAGCGGCGGAAGAUCAGCUUCGCCUUCUUCCAGGCCACUUCCAUCCACACGUCCGCCUGCGUCGACCCCGUCCACUCGCGCGUCGUCGCCUUCCUGGAGGACAUCGAUCGUCACGUCCAGGCUACGGGAUCCACCACGGUUGACUUCUUCUCCCGGGUGAAUCUUUACGCCUUCGACAACAUCACGCAACUGAUAUUCGGAUUCGGCCACUCCACGAGGACCGUGGAAACUCCGGGACCGGAGCGGAACAUGCUGGAAGGACUGAAACACUGCGAACUGUGGAAUCCCAUGCUCUUCAACUUUCCCCUCGUGUACCACGCGGUCAAGUUCGCCAUGGUUCGCCUGGCCGGCAAGAAAGACUUCCUCAGCGCGGAAGACGACCUCACGGCAUGGAGCGAACGGCAGGUGACCGCCACGCUGGAAGACGACAGCUGUUACCGCGACAACACGUCUCUCCUCUCCCGGCUUCAGCAGUUCCGGGACAAGCGGGGAGAUCCGCUCCCGGCUUCGUGGGUGAAGGCGGAGACGCUUGACAACUUGAACGCGGCGCAGACGACCGCCACGGUGGCCCUCACCUAUGUGCUGUACAACCUCGCGCGCAGCCCCGUCUGGCAGGAACGCAUCCGACAAGAGCUUCUCGCCCUGCCCGUCGGCGAAAACGGGUUCCCGUCAUUCGCCGCCAUCAACUCGGCUCCCGUCCUGGAGGCCUGCGUCAAGGAGUCGUAUCGUCUGAAUCCCCUCUCGAGUGGUCGCGCUGAGAGAGUGGUGCCGGUUGGCAAAGAGUAUGACGGGGUUUUCGUUCCAAAGGGGACUGUCGUAUCUACCUCCACAUUGGCCAUCCAGCAUGACCCAUCAGCAUUCCCCCAACCGGGACUUUAUGACCCUGGCCGCUGGCUCAAUGCUGGCCCUGAUCGGACGCGGUUCAUGGAGACGUUCUACAUCCCGUGGGGUUACGGUGCGCGCAUCUGCUUGGGCAAGGCCUUCGCCACUCUCGAGGUGAAGUUGUUGGUGGCGUAUCUGCUACUGAGAUACCGCAUUUCGGAGGAUGCGGCCUCCCCGACCAACGCCGACAGCAUGAUGCAGUUGGGCACACAGGAUGCGCUUCCUAAGGGGCUCCGUUGCGACUUGCGAGUCGACGCAUGGUCGAGGGCGGCCUGA